AUGAGUAGCGAGGAGACGGGAUUGAGGAUCGACGAGAGUUUGCUGGUGGAUCCCAAAAUGUUGUUCAUCGGCUCCAAGAUUGGGGAAGGCGCUCACGGCAAAGUCUAUCAAGGAAGGUAUGGCACCCGGAUUGUCGCCAUCAAAGUUGUGCACCGCGGGGUCAGGCCCGAUGAGAAAUGUUCCCUCGAGAGCCGUUUCAUCCGUGAAGUCAAUAUGAUGUCCCGCGUCAAACACCACAAUCUUGUCAAGUUUAUUGGAGCCUGCAAAGAUCCUUUGAUGGUGAUUGUAACAGAGUUGCUCCCAGGGAUGUCCCUGCGUAAAUAUCUGACGCGCAUCCGCCCUCAGCUGCUUGAUCUCCGUCUCGCUUUGAGCUUUGCCCUUGACAUCGCCAGGGCCUUGGACUGCUUGCACGCCAACGGAAUCAUACACAGAGACCUCAAGCCUGACAACUUAUUGCUGACCGAGAACCACAAAUCCGUCAAGCUUGCUGAUUUUGGGCUUGCUAGGGAAGAAACCGUGACCGAGAUGAUGACCGCAGAGACUGGCACAUACCGCUGGAUGGCUCCUGAGCUCUACAGUACAGUGACGCUGCGUCAGGGAGAGAAGAAGCAUUACAACAACAAAGUAGAUGUCUACAGCUUUGGGAUCGUCCUUUGGGAGCUUCUUACCAACCGGAUGCCCUUUGAAGGCAUGUCUAACCUGCAAGCCGCCUAUGCAGCAGCUUUCAAGCAGGAGAGGCCCGGAAUGCCAGAGGGGAUAUCGCCGAGCCUGGCCUUCAUUGUGCAAUCGUGUUGGGUGGAGGACCCAAACAUGAGGCCAAGCUUCAGCCAGAUCAUCAGAUUGCUCCACGAGUUCCAACUUACCCUCUCUCCUCCUCCACCUCCUCCUCUGCCUGAGGCUGAGCCCAACAAGACCAACGGCGGAGCCAUCACUGAGUUCUCCAGCCGUGCCAAAGGGAAGUUUGCAUUCAUUCGCCAGCUUUUUGCUGCCAAGAGGAACACACACUCUUAG